AUGCAGAAUUUGUCUUGUGAUAUAUUGGUGUUGCAGUUUUUCCCCUCAAUUACCGAAGUUGAAGAUCUUCGUUCGACGUACAUCACUAAUUGUGUGUUCAACAUUUUGCUCUGCCACACUGCAGUCAUGAUGAACAUUGCAGCAAUCUAUGCGAUUAAAAAGACGUCAUGUUUACCGAAGACUCUGGAAACUCUCCUUCUGAGUCUUGCUGCAUCAGAUGUUGGUGUGGGCUUAUUGAGUCAGCCUUUCUACACCUGGCUCCUUGUCAAGGGAUUAUCCAAAGCUAUCCCCAAUUGUAGCACGUACAUGGUUUUCGAUGCGAUAAUCGGCAUGUUCACGAUAACGUCUUUCUUGGGCGUGUUGGCUGUAAGUGCAGACAGAUUCCUAGCAAUCCAUCUUCAUCUCAGAUACCAGGAGCUUGUGACUCACAAGCGUGUUGUUACCUCAGUGGUUUCUUUAUGGUUGGCGAGUGUGAGUGUUUCUGUAAUAGUACUCUGGCUUUCGCCCCAUGUCAAGUACCUAAUUAUGUGUGUAGGAGGCCUCGUUGGUCUUUUUCUUACAACGAUUGCUUACAGUAAGAUUUAUCUAACCGUGCGUCGACUUAAAAAUGAUAUCGAAGGUGGCGAAGUGCGACAAGAAGCAUAUAAUGGAGAGGGGGCCAAUUUUGCGAACGUCCUUAAAACUACUGUGGGCAUAUUUUACGUAUAUGUCGUAUUUUGGGCGUGUUAUGCGCCUUUCUUCAUCUCCACGUCGUCUAUGAUAAUCUAUGGCCGUACCACUCCCUUGAAGGGAUUUUUUGUUUGGUCACUAACCCUUGCAUAUCUCAACUCGACUUUGAAUCCUGUGAUAUACUGCUGGAAGAUGAGGCACAUUCGAAACGCCAUUAUGGACACGCUACGAGGGGUAUGCUCGGCCAGAAAU